UUCUUCCUUCCUUCCUUCCUCCUCCCCCUCCCGUCAAACCCGUGACAGCCUUCGAGGCACGCCCUGCCAGGCCGAAGCUGCCGUUUACGGGCAGGCUGAGGGGCGGCGGCGCGUUGUCUCCGCCGCCCUCGCCAGCCAACCAACGGGACCACCCGCGGCCGCGCGAGGGUGUGUGUGCCCGUACUGCGGCCCUCCGCUUUCGGAGGCGCCGGGACAAGGAGGGGCGGCGUCGCUGACGGCCAUGGCCUCGACCGAAGAACUGUUGCUGCCGCCCGAGUACCUUCUGGAAAGCGAGUGGGGACGGGAAUCGGCGCCGUCGUUGCCGCCCUUAAGGGGCAGAGGGGCCGCAUCCCGGCACAAGCGGCGGCGGCAGCAGCAGCCGCAGCCAUCCCAGUCCUCGCUGCCUCUGGCGGGGGAUGAAGACAAGCCGCCGCAACCGCAGCAGCAGGCCCUACAAGAAGAAAGGGAAAAUAAUACUGAAUCAAUUACUGAUGACUAUAAAAAGAUGGGGACUCUCUUUGGUGAACUCAACAAAAGCCUCAUAAGAAUAGGAUUCACAAGGAUGUAUUUUGGAGAAAGGAUUGUAGAACCUGUAAUAAUCCUGUUCUUCUGGGUUAUGCUCUGGUUUCUUGGACUACAAGCUCUUGGAUUGGUGGCUGUCCUGUGCCUUGUUAUUAUAUAUGUUCAGCAAUAAAAUACACUGGAUAGACUAUUUCAUAUCUUGAUGGAUUUACGUAUUAAGCUGAACAAGAGUGGUAUUACUACAAACCAUUGUGCUGAAUAUUAUGUAGCCAUUAAAUGUUUGCAUGGGGUUUUUUUCUUCUAAUCUUUGUAAUUUAAAAAGAAAAAGCAUUCUUAUCUGUCAUGAGUAGGUGAGUAAAAGAUUUUCAGUAUGAGGCAGUGUAGUCAAAUCCUUCAAUUAGUAAAUCCUAUUUACUAAAUGGAAGAAUUCAAAUUUUAAGAGGUUUGGAGGUACAAAUACACUUUUCAUUGUAUGGAUGGUGCUUUUAUAUUCAUGUAACAACUGUUUUCAAAAAAUACCUUUUAUAUUAAAACUAAAUGUUGAAAGCCAAUUUUAUGAGCUCUGGUGUUACAUGAUUUUUUUAUCACCGUGUAAAUCUCCCUGCAAAUUUCAUUACUGAUAUGUAUGCAUAGGAACUCAUCUUAAGCAAAUUGUUUUUGUAUAACUAGUGGCAUUAAUGAUUUGUAAAUGUAUUAUAAAAAUGUCAGUGUAAAAAUUCUUAAAUAAGACAGUAAAUCUGGUGAUUUUUUCCCAUUUCCUUUUUUCAUUAUGUGUGUACUUAUAAAAAAAUCUUUCUCUGGAAAUAAAUUAGGAUUCUUCCUUUCUUUUUAAUGGACUUCUCCUAAUUUAUCUCUGUUUAAUUUUAUUGCAGUCUCAGCAGACAGAUUAUAAGAGCAAGCUACGUAAAAUAUUUUUGCUAAGAUUGUCAAUGUUUUCCCUUUUAAAUGAGUAUUUUGGGGAGAAGAAAUAAAUACAUUUCCUAGUUAUAAAAUCAAGGACUGAUAUGUAUUUAGCCAAAAUAUUACUAACAUUCUUUAUUAAGUUUACUUUACAAUUUACAAUGUAAUAUUUACAAUUUACAAUGUAAAUAUUUACUGCAGAGAACUGUUUAAGUUAAGAACCAUGCAGAACGUAGUUGAUAAAAACAGCUUGCACAGUUCCUCCUCAAAGCCACGCAAGGCUUUCUGUUACUUUGUGAAGUCAGUAUCUAUUGUGCAACUCUAGAAUCCAACUGAAUUUUUUUUUAGUGAAGCUCUUUGUGUAUCUUGAAAGUAUGAUGGUUAUGAUUAUAUUGAUUUACCAAGUGAAUUUUUUUUAAGGGGAAAAUUGGAAUAAUAAGUUUAUCCAUCAUAACUAUAGAAAUGCAUUGCCAAACAAAUUCAGUCCACAAAUGAAAAGUCCUUUCUGCCAUACCACAGCAAGAAUCCAAUGCAGGAGUAAAAUUUGGAGAUUCCUUUUUAUCUGCAAGAUUAUUAUGUCAUUCUUAUAUUGUUCCAAGUAUGGUACAGAUUUCUGAAGAAGUAUGUACAAAAAUAUUGGCAUAACAAUCUCCUACACUAGAUCAAUGGUUUAUAGACAAAAGGAAGAUAACAACCGGAGAAAAACUAGCUUUCAUGAUAUUUGUUAUUUAUGGUAAUAUAAAUUUCUCUUUAUAUUUUAGCUGUUCUAGGUAGGAUACUUUAAAAUAUUUGUAGCUGAAAUUGGCUUUUGUUAUUUAAAUUUAAGAGAAAUUCCAGCCUCCAUUUUAAUAGUUAAUUUUUAUUUUGAGUCACCAGUUUUUAUUUUUUACUCAUCUAAUUCAUGGAAGGAUUUUUUUAAAAUUAAAACUUGCUAAUUUAUUUUGUUGUAGACUUUAAAAAACCUUCUGUUGAUAUGACUCUAUCUAAACAAUCUACAAAAUCAAGAUUAUUGGUUCUGUAAUAAAGUACAAUGAAUUGUUUUGUAUCUUGGGUGGUUGUUACAGCUCUCUAAUAGACAUCUGAAGGUUCUCAUUCAUUUUGUGAGAGGAAGUAGGCUUAUGUGUUUCAAUGAAAUGUCAGAAUAUAUAUAGAAAAACCAACUUCUCUUUGCAAUCAGUAUAGGUGGGUGUUAAAGUCUAUACCCUUUUUUAGGGACAAGAGUAGACUCCAGUUUAGAACCUGAAGAAUGCCUUUAUAGGUAUUCAGAAAGCUAAUUAAAAAAAAAGUAUUGCUGGUGAAUUAAGUGCAAGUACUCUAAGAAUGAUUUUCAAAUUAUUUUCAAGUAACUACUCAGUCCAAACCUGUAGUGUGUGUAUAGAAUAUAUACUGUAGGUGUGAUUGAUUGAUUGAUUGAUUGAUUAAUUGUAUUUAGGGCCCAUCAUUUGGCCGAUUACAAUUAUUUUGAAAUGAUUUUAAGAGUAUGAUUGCACUAUUUGAGAUGUUUUGAUCUUAAAUGAAACUUCUGACAUUUUGAUUUUUAAUUAUUACCUUAUUACUAUUUAUAACAUGUUUUGGAAAGGAAUGGCGCAAAUGUGUACUUAUUUUAUAUGAAUUCUUGAUUGUACAGUAUACUGAAGAGCCACGCAUUAUGGUUUAGUUGAUAAUGAGCUCUUCACAUGUCAAAAUAUGCUACUAGAUUGGGGAGUGGGAAAUCAGUAUUAGAUAUACUGUUCAGGAAGAUACAAUCAGACAUGGAGACUGGUAACCUCACAGAUUCUUUUGAAGGUAUUUUCUGAUCACAGAUAAGGAUUUGAAAAAUGUAACACCCAGAAUGGUUUUAAUAUUCAAUUAUUUCCUCAGAAAUGUUUGUAUGAAAUUAUGCUUCUACAAAUUCAAACUUUUUCAAUAAAAUUUCUUUCGGUUUAAAAA